CUUCCAUUUUGCCACAUUCACCAUCUCUAACACAAGCAUUUAUUCCAUCCCCCUAAGAUCGCAGAAAGAACCCUGAAUCUGGCUGCCAUCUGAUUGGACAGGGAAUUAAUUGCUUUUUGGAGAUAUUUAUUUCGUCUUGCGCAUUUGCAUGAGUGCAGGAUAACUGAUUGGUCGAGUGACAGCCAUUUGAUGUAUGACAAGAACAGUCCGCCGAAAGAGGCGCGCCGAAGACAGCGGCAGACCCUAUCUUGUCUGCCAUGUCGGCGUCUCAAAGUAAAAUGUGACAGGAACUAUCCAUGUGGUCACUGUAUUUGGAGCGAAAGGGCUUCAAGCUGUCGCUAUGCCGCCUUUCCUGGCACGUCAGAAACAUCCGCGGAGAGGGCCUCUACUGGACAGUUACCUCCAACUCCAACAUACACGACAAAGCAAAUGUCGUAUAUAUUACCAAAGUCUGAGCCCGGCCCGUCUACUCCAUCCACCAACACCGAUUCACUAAAAUCUGAAGAGGACUAUGCCUCAUUUUACAACCCUCACGCUGUAUGGACGUCAAAGUUUCGGGGGCCAACGCAUUGGCUUGCAGUUGGGCGCCAGCUACGGGAAAGUAUGGGAGGCUUUGAGACUGUUCACAAGGCACAAGACAGCCUCGUUAAUGGAAUGGCCGACAGAAUCACCCGCGUGAGUUCUUCUGUUCUUUCUCCCAAUUACCCCAUGGGAUCAGGUUAUAGAACAAAGAAUAUGAGUAAAGCGGAGAUCCUCACUUUUAUUCCUGACCAAGCGACCGCGACGUUUCUUCUCACAAAGUAUAUGGAAGAUAUUGAGCGAACACACCCUCUUUUGCAUAUGCCGACAUUCCAGGAAGAAUUCACUCGGUUCUGGGAGAACCCGGGUACAAUAGAAGACGGAUGGCUUGCUCAGUUCCUUGUGAUGCUAGGUCUCAGCUAUCACGCGCUGAGGAACGAGGAACUCAUGCCCUAUGACGAGCAGCUUGCAAUCAAGUAUUUUCAAGGUGCUGAAAUAUGCCUGAAAAACACACCCUUCCUCGUUGGUCCAACAAUCACUUCAUUACGGACGCUCACUAUGAUGGUGCUAGCCAGGCGUACUGCUUCAUCAACCUGCCUCGAGGCGGAUUCUUGUGGGCCGUUAAUGAGCACUGUGGUACGGCUAGCAAUGUCCAUUGGGCUCCAUGUGGACCCCCAAGACGACGAAAACAUGAGCAUUAUCGAUAUAGAGAUCCGUAGACGGCUCUGGACGACGAUCGUCUUAAUGGAAGUUCAGAUGUCGAUCACAAAUGGCACCCCUUUUCUGAUUCGGACGACUGACUUUGACACUCGCUCACCAACGAAUGUGAAUGACGAUGAUUUGAGUCCGUCCAUAACGCAUUUAAAUGUACGUCCUAUGACGGAAUAUACCGAUUCGACAUUUUCAAUAAUACUAGCGCGCUCCUUCCAAGUAACCUUUGAGGUAAUGGGUCGCGCUAACUCGCCAUGCGGGUUUUUCGAUUACGAGGAUGUUUUGCGCUACAAUUCAGAACUGAAGAACCUACUGCAGGAGUCAUCGUCACUAUACCAAUGGACGGAUGCAUCUCCGUUGGAGGAAUGGAAGCAGCUACAACGAUUCAUGCUAGAAAUAUACCUGCGACGAGUAUUACUUGCAUUACACUCCCACCACGGGCUGAAACCCAACGCGGACAUUAACUAUCCGAUAUCGUAUUGGUCAACCCUGGAAUCUUCCCUUGCACUCCUAGUGACCCAACGGCAGAUGUGCGAAGACAUAAAUAGUCCAAGGGGAAUGGUAUGGCUAGCCGAGCUCUUCAAACACGAUUUCUACGCAGCAACAUUGACCAUAUGCUUACUGCUGGCACGCAACGACAGCAUGUACACGGGUAUGGAUUGUGAAGGCCCACUUGACCAACAUAUCGAAAUUCCGCAGCGAGAAACCAUUCUACAGACGUUGAUCUGCUGUCGUGAAAUCUGGGCACGGCGAAUCUGUCGCACAUACUGCCAGUUUCUGUCACAUAUGAACCUUGAUACCAUCAUCUCGGGGCUCACAGCACCGGAUCCAUCUAAACUCUCGUCUCGUGCAAUACGUCAGGCGAGUUUUCAGUAUAGUCUUCGGAAGCUGAAGAAUUGUCAAUGCGGGAACUGCGCGACGCAACCGGGUAGCUUAAAGGUGACAUUUAUCGAUCAUCCAGAAUAUGUAGCUGCAUAGUUUGAUUAAUGUAUAAUCUCCUAUCAAUGUAUUAUAUUUUAUUAUGCGAUCUCCAUUGUUCAUAUUUACAUGUAUAUAAAUGAACACUUGUACUGUACAGAAUCAAACCAGUCAUGUUUUCUCA